AUGCGUGUGCGGCACGCUCUCAGCCAUUUCCGAAGCCCGUCGCGCCAUCGGGCAUAUUCGCCAGCCUGCCCCUUGAGCUUCGCAGAUGCAGGACUCACCGAAUUUCGGAGCCAAGACCUUCCAGGCUUCCCUGCAGUGCUCAAGCGAUCGCUCUAUGACUUCCAGGUUCACGAGGUCGAUUUGGAAGGCAAAGAGCUGCACCUCAGCGAGCUGAACCCUGAUGAAGAUCUGCACCGUUGUGUGCCUGACAGCGGCAAGUGGCACCUGCACUUCCGCGUGUACAAGGAAGGGUUGGACACCUUGGAUGCGGUGGCACAGCUCGCCCGCUGCUUGGGCCGCUCUCGGCGAAAUCUGCGAUUUGCUGGUAGCAAGGACCGCUGUGCCGUCACGGUGCAGCAGAUGUCCUGUGCCCAUCUGCUGCCCGCAGAGCUCCACGCUGCACUGCAUCAUCCGGACUGGGACAAUCGAGUUCGUGUCUCAGAUCUGGAAGUCAAGCCUUCACCCCUGAAUCUGGGCGACCUCCUUGGAAAUCGCUUCAACGUUGUGCUCCGCCUGGUGCCUGAGGAGGUUCUCCUUGCCCCACAUUCAGCUGCUCAAGAAGCUUGCAGAUCUCUGGCGGGAUCGGGCUUUCUCAACUACUUUGGUCCGCAAAGGUUCGGAUCGCAGUUGAUCCGCGCAUUUCACGUGGGAGCAGCAGUGUUGCGUCAUCAGUUCGACCGCGCAGUUCGAUUGGUCCUAGGCGAUGUGCAACUCUUGGGCGGUGACGCAGCGGAGCAAGCGAAAAAAAUGGUUUGGGACGAGCAAGCACAGGCGGCGCAGCAAAGCCUGCUGGAUGCAAUCGAUGCUGGCGACAGCAUCAUCCUGGCAGCCGAGGCUGCACUCAAGCGGUUUCCGCAAGCUCCCGGCUACCACGUGGAGCGAGGUUUGCUUCGCUGCCUGGCCAAUGGGCUGAGUGCCGAGGAGGCCCUCCUGCGCUUGCCACGGCAAGUGCUGAUGCUCUACGUUAAAUCUGCUCAGAGCCUCAUCUUCAACAAGGCCUUAUCCCACCGUGCGGCCCUGGGACCAAUUCCUGCAGAGGGCGAUCUUGUGCUAGAAAAAGGUUCUAGGUCUGGGGCAACACCGAUGGAGCUGACAAGCCUGGCCAGCCCUGUCGAGCCAGACAGGGUCGUGCUGCCGCUCCCGGGCAGCUCUGUUUCGUAUCCGUACUCCCUGCAAGAGGUGUAUGAGAAGGCUUCACUGCAACUUCUUCAAGUCCCCCUUGAUGCGUUCUCGAGCAGGCUUCCGCUUCAGUUGAGCCUUGCUGGUGUCUACCGUCCUGCCAUUGCUCGGAUCUCGGUUGGUGCGCAUGCCAUUGCCGGAUGA